CAAAUGCGCCCUCCAACAAAACCCGAUCCCGAAUUACUCUCAAAGAGAAAAUGCAAACAUCUUCGUCGACGAGACUCUCCCUCUUCGUGUUCGUUUCGUUGUUGAUCUCAUCGCUCGUCAUGGCGGAAUCCACCGGAGCUCAACCAUCUCAGGCGAAGGUUCAUAUCAUCUACACCGAGAAGCCCACUGAUGAAGAGCCCGAGUCCUAUCAUCUCCGAACCCUGACUUCCGUUCUUGGCAGCGAGGAUGCUGCAAAGGAGGCCCUCGUUUACAGCUACAGGGAGGCUGCUUCCGGAUUCUCUGCUAAGCUCACACCAGAGCAAGUGGCCGAGAUGUCGAAGCAACCAGGGGUUCUUCAGGUUGUCCCGAGCCAGACCUACCGUCUUCAUACCGUGGGAGGGGUGGGCUUGAACUGAUUAUUACCGCAUAAGACUAACUCAAUAUGUUGUGUAAUGUUUUUGACUCAUAAAUGUCACUUGUAAUAUAUGUUGUUGGUUUGGACAUCCAGAGAAAUUUAUUUAUUACUGAUGAGGAAAAGUAUCUAUCUGGCUUUGUAACAAUCUGUUUACUUUUAUAA